CGCACACACGACCCCAGCCGUCCCUCAAUUCCCUUCUCCUCCUUGCCCUUGUUUUCUCCUCCUUGGCUAGGGUUAUCGCCGCCGCCGCCUUCGGCACCAUCCCAGCUUGCAGCCUCGGUCGAUUUGUUCUGCGUCUCCAACCGUCCAAAGAUCCCAACCCUAUCAUCAUCUCCUACCACGAGCUAGGCGACGAGAUCGGACACGGCAAGUUCGGCUCCGUUCGGAUCUAUGGUAGGAAGACCUGUGAAAUCCAACUCGUCGUUAGGCCUUUUCUGUCCUUCUCUCUGGUGGUCUUGAUUGUUGACCAUGGGUGCCUUAUUUUUGUGCUCGUACUGCCGUUCAAGAGGUUCGUGCUGAUCGGGCGGGUGGCCCUGGUGAACUACAGCAAGGACUACGGCCCCCUCAUCGUCAUCGUCGAUGUUGUUGACCAGAACAGGCUGCAUUGCUCUGUUUACACUUAUACCACUGCUACUUGGUAUAUCCCCAAGAACGUCGAGGACACGGUCCACCGCGAGGUCGAGAUCGUGCAACACCUUUCGGGCCACCCCGCCGUCGUCACGCUGAAGGCCGUCUGCGGCGGCUGCAAAUCGAAGCAGCUGAAAGGGACAAGGCGAUUGGGAGUCAGGGACUACAUAUCCCUCCUCUCCUUUAUUUUCUGUCCAAAAUAUAAGUGUGAUGAAGUUCAGCACUAUGGCUGCCAUUAUGUGUUAUGUAAUGGUCUAGUGGGCAGGAGUUAUGUUUGAUAUAGUUAUCAUUUCUAUGGUUAAAGCUGGUCAUUUUGUAGGAAGACGUAUGGGUUCUCGUCAAAUGCAAGCUGUACUACUGUGGAAAAGUGUACUAAUUUUUACAGUACAUUAACUUGAUCAUGGGAUUCUCCAUGAUGGCAGCAAAGAGACAACAUGGGGUGGAGAUGCAGGUCAUCAGUACACUGAAGGCGCUGCGUUCUGUCGGGGUGUUGGGUUCGAUGCAGAGCAUCGGAGACGUUGCCAUUGUCCUUGCACGACUCAUCAGAUCCAACCUCGGGCCCGCGCCAGCUGUGUACGGAGCCCUCGCUAUGGUGCUCAGUCUCUGCAACUGCAACUCAAUGUUGGGGUCGUCUAUAAAUUUGCUUGUGAUGUGCUUGCAAACCAAGACUUUGUUGAGGCUUUUCUGCGGGGUCAGGGGAGACGCCAGUGAUCAAGCGGCAGCGGCCUACAGCCUGGGAGACCUGCACAAGGGAGCCGCCAAGAUCUCCAACGACAUCCUCGACUCUGUCGGGGUUUCAGUAUAUGCAACAACAGAAAAUUCGACAACAGUAUACGCGACAAAUGGUGCUAUUUGCUUUCGCUGCAAUCUCCUCAUACUUACCAGGGUUGAGUGCCCAACAUUCCCGAAGAUGGCACCCGAGACGUGUCCGCAGCCAGAACCAGCGAGGUUGCCGUAUGAGAUUCAGAUCUCUCUUGGAACAAUGAUCUUGGAGAGCAAAGCAGAGAAAGAAUCCCAUGAUAUGCUCUCUUAUUCUUUUAAUCAUGGCAUCAACAUACUGGACACCGCAGAAAUUGCCGCCAAGAAGGAGACUCAAGGGAGGACUGAUCUGUAUGUAGGCAGGUGGAUGAAAUCCAGGCCACGAGAUAAAGCACAAUAUAUCGGUGUUUCCAAUGAAACCCCGUACGGAGUAAUGCAGUUUGUACAUGCUGCAAAGCUUGAUGGACUUCCAAAGAUUAUGAGCAUCUAGAAUGGUUAUAGUCAACUUAUGAGAUGCAUCUUCGAAGGUGAAACAGAGAUGUCAGCCAUAAUUUAUUCAUUUUCAUUCAAUGGAACUACAUGCCAUCCCUGUUGUUCUGAAACUUAUUCGCAGACAUGUAAUUUAGAGAAAGAGGGAGGAAAGAACUCCUCGGUUGUAGUUCAGAUCAUCGGCGUGCUGUGAUCUCUUUCAUAAUUAAAUUUUUAGUCGAAUAGUCUUGGCUUCUUAUUAGGUCUUUGGAGUUAUGUUCAGUGGUUAUCAUUCAUCAUCAUCAUCAUCAUGCGAUGAUUUCAUUUUGUGGAUGCUUGAGUUUAGAAAAUUUAGGCUCUGCAUUCCAUCAUCUCUAUAUGUAUAAGUCUUUGUAGGAUGUAAGACUGCUACUCUAUGUUCAUAUAAGCUUACCUAUUAAUAAUAUU